AUGUGGGAAGCCUUCAACGCCCUUCUGGCCGUUCUGAUCUAUGGGAUCGUGAUGUUCCCUAACAUUCACAAGUUCGUUGAUCUGGCCGCUAUAUGUCUUUUUGUGGAUAAGAAUCUGGUCCCUACUUUGCUAGCUGAUACGUACUAUUCCGUUCACUCUCGAUAUGGGAAAGGAGGAGCCAUAAGAAAUUGUUUGCCGUUGUUAUGCACCUGGUUUAAGUCCCACCUACCUACAAGUGGUCCUUUUUUUACUUCUACUCAGAAAUGGCCUCAAAGGAUCAUGGGGCUUACCGGAAAUGACAUUGUCUGGUGUCCCACUGGAAUGGACGUGGAGAAAGUUAUAACUAGCUGUGACAAGCCUUUGGACAAAGAGAUAUUCGAAUCCGUUUGCUUUGAAAAGGGAACCGAUCCAAAGGGUCUAGAAAAAGUGAGGAGUGCCUGGAAUAGCAUCCAUACAAAUGAUCAGAUUUCUCUAGGUGAAAAGAAUGCCGUUGCCAAACAAGCCUACACAGAUUGGGUUGAAAAUAGAGUUAAAGAUCGCCUGUUGCCUUUCCCGAAGGUUAACCCAUUGUACGAGCAACCACCUAAGAUUCCAAUUGCCACUGUGCCUGCUGAGAAUCGUAUCCAGGUAGAUAUGGAAUGCACCCAAUUGCACGAAAAGAAGUCGGAUGCGCAACCGAAACAUUGUCUUGUGGAACAGAAAAGAGUUGAGUUGACACACGAAGCCAAAAUGCUGAAGGGAGGAUCUUCCAGAGUUCAAAAGAGGGCUAGAACGGAAAAAGGUGAAAGACAUACUACUGUUAUUGUCGAGGAUCACCAGAAGAUCCUAAAAAGGGCCAUGAAAGAGGUAGAAGAGAAACUCAAGCGAGAGUACCGAGAAGACUAG